GUUGCCUGGUUUUCAGAAACAUGUUGGUUGAGACACACUGUUCUUGGGAGUGGACAAACAAGCAGAAACUUGGGCUACACCCUGUGACAGCAUUGUGACAGUGGAUAUCUGCAGGAUGGCGCAGUCAGAUGACAGCGUGAGUUCUUGGAGCUGUAACCAGGUAGCCCGGUGGCUGCAGGAGGAGGGUUUCGGGGAAUAUGUGGAGUUGCUGUGCACGCAGCACCGCCUCGACGGCCUCAGCCUGCUGGCUCUGACUGAGGCCGACCUGCGGGGUCCGCCGCUGAGCCUCACUGUGCUAGGACACAUCAAAAGGCUGACCAUAGCCCUCCGUCGGCUCCAAAGACAAAAUCAGCCCCAGCUGGAGGAGCUGGGUCUCUGGCCUCCUGAUGCUCCUGCUGGACUCUCACUGUGUGCUGCGAAAUCUGAUUGGAGCUGCGGCYCUGCUAGCAGGAAAGGGCUUAACAGGGGCGAUCACUUGUAUAACGGGACCGAGCUGCGGCUGAGGGGCAGCGAUAGAUCUGGAUCUGAUCUGCUGUGUCGAACACACUCCAAUGGGACGUGUCAGCAGCCACUGGCUGGCAGAUUGGACCCCGAGGUCUGGAAGACCAUAAUCAGUUCCGUGUAUGUGUUUCUAGUGUGUGGCUUCACCUCAUUUGUCAUGGUCAUUGUACAUGAGCGUGUCCCAGACAUGAGGACGUACCCACCCCUUCCUGAUAUAUUCCUGGACAGUGUACCCAGAAUCCCUUGGGCUUUUGCAAUAGCCGAGGCGUGUGGCCUUAUAUUGUGCUACAUGUUUUUGUUGAUCUUGCUCCUUCACAAACACAGAUCAAUCCUCUUCAGACGGCUGUGUUCUUUGAUGGGGACGGUGUUUUUGCUUCGUUGCUGCACCAUGUUUGUCACCUCGCUCUCGGUGCCUGGGCAGCACCUGAAAUGUGCCAGUAAGACGUACGGUGAUAGCUGGGGGAAGUUCCAGAGAGCGUUGGCGAUAUGGAGCGGCUUCGGCAUGACUCUGACCGGAGUCCAGACCUGUGGAGACUACAUGUUCAGUGGUCACACUGUGGUCAUCACAAUGCUCAACUUCUUCGUGACUGAAUACACGCCUCGGAACUGGAAUCUGAUCCACACCAUCUCCUGGGUGCUAAACCUCUUUGGGAUUUUUUUCAUCCUGGCGGCUCACGAGCACUACUCCAUCGACGUCUUCAUCGCCUUCUACAUAACCACUCGCCUCUUCCUUUACUACCACACGCUGGCCAACACACGCGCCUACCAGCACAGCCGCCGGGCACGCAUCUGGUUCCCCAUGUUCUCCUUCUUCGAGUGCAACGUGAAUGGACCCGUCCCCAACCAGUACCACUGGCCUUUUAACAAACCCGCCUUCAUGAAAACGCUAAUCGGAUGAAGAGUUUUUAAACACGAAUGGACUGUUGUAUUAGUACC